AAACUUAUUAAAUAGAUUUCCAUUUAUGGAUUGGCAGAUUUCGUGAUUAACUCGUAAUUGAGUUUGAAACAAUGAGCAGCGUGUACUCCAAAAGUUACAAUUUGGUUCCUCGAAGUGGAGCAUUCAGAGCCCCCCUCAGGUCUGCAAAAGUUCUGAGAAGAAAACGGAUCCAGCAAACUUUGGGAUCCGGGUUGCCACCGCUGAAAAGUCAAGAAGGUGGACUUGCAGAAAGAAACAAUGUAUCGGACUGUUUAUUGGAGGAAGACAGAUACUCAACAUCCUUCCAAAACGAAGACCUGAUACCAGUUGCGCCUGUCCGACAUACCAGUCAACUUCCACCCAAGUUGAAACAUUACCCCAAUCGUCUCAAUUUGGUCACCACGAGAAGAGACCAACUGCAGCUGGAGAAAAGGGACAAGAAUGAGUUUGGUGGGCGGAUGACUAAUAAGAUGAUGACUGCUCAUUUGCGGGCGGGAUUUCUGCCCCAGUGGAGAACAGAAGAGGAAGAUGCAUGUCAGCUUCUUCUGAACAACGUAGUGUUCUGUUCGAAAGACAUGGUGGCAUUCAAUAAACCUCCCGGGUUGGCAGUGCAAGAUGGAGCAGGUCUCAAAUACAGUAUGGACAGUAUGGCUGACCGGAUGUUGUUUCUGCUGAAGAAGACCGGCAAGAUCAAAGGGGGAAGAGGAGGUGGAGACGAUGAAGUGCCGAAGAUGAUGAAAGUUGUUCACAGACUGGACCAAGACGUGUCUGGUGCCAUUGUGUUUGGACUCAAUCAACACACGACUGACUUUCUAAAUGAGAAGUUCAGAAAAGGCGAAGUGGAGAAAACAUACUGGGCUAUUUGUGUGGGCAAACCACAACUAGCCUCUCACUCGGGAGUGAUUCGUCUCCCGCUCCAUUCUUACAACCUCUCUAAUGGGGGAAAGACACAGACUAGAAUGAGGUGUAGGGCCAAAUUGGCCACUUACAUUAAUCCCAACUCUGAUGAGACAAAAGGUCAAGUCAUUUCGCCAGUGAGGGAUCUGGAAAAUAUACGAAGGACAUUUUCUCGGUCUGAAGCUAUCACCAAAUACAGUCUGGUCGCAGCUGGAAUAGAGAGUUGUCUGCUGGAAUUGAAUCUGUUGACUGGCAAAAAACAUCAGGCCAGAGUACACUGCUCAGAAGGAUUGGGUUGUCCGAUUCUAGGAGACCACAAAUUCCACCAUAUGGACAAAAUAGCCCCGCAAAAACUACCGGCAGAAAUGUUGAGAGCAUUCAACAUCAAACAAACCCACGUCAGACAUCUACCUCUGCAUCUGCAUGCUAAAACACUGGUAAUACCGGAUGUGAACGAUGGUAAGAAGUUGUAUUUGAACACGCGGCUGCCGACUUAUUUCACAGAAAAUAUGCGCAGGUUGAACAUUUAUUCCAUGUGAUGAUCUCUGAUUUGUUUUUUUUUUCCUCUCUGGAUAAUUUAUUUUUUCGAUUA